AUGCUGAAGAUGAACGUCGAUGGCUCUUUCAAAUGUCAAGAUGCAUGUGGAGGCUGGGGAUAUGUGAUUAGAGAUGAUCUGGGAGCUAUCAUCCAAUCAGGCUGGGGUCGUAAAGACUUCGCCUGCAGUCCGUUACAUAUGGAGCUUUUGGCGUGUCUUCAGGGACUCGGUGCGGCGGUGCAGCUUGGCAUUCAGGACCUGGAACUGGAGACCGAUGCGAAGCAAGUUGUUGAUGCAAUCAAGGGAAAUGACUUCAGACUUUCCUUGGUUGGAGGCCUCGUGCAUGAAGUGAAGGAGUUCCGAGGUAGUUCUGUGCUUCUAAAAGGUUUAUCUCAAGCUCAGAGUUUGGUGUUGAUUUCUGCACCCAACCAGAUUACUUUCAAAAGUGAUUUGAGAUGGUGCCCUAUGUUUAGCAAUUUAAAGACCUUGUUGCUCAAUGACUACUGGUGUACACCUGACGAUUUCAGUGCAUUAGCUUGUAUUCUUGAAUACUCACCAGUUCUUGCGAAGCUUACACUUGAACUCUUUUCUGAGGGGCCUAAGUAUAAAGUGGAAAUGAAAGGAAGGUGCAAUUUGAUGGAGAGAUCAGCUAAAAUUUCAGAAAACCUUAACAUUGUUGAAGUGAAAUGUCAAGUUGUUGAUGAGAGAGUUCUCGAAGUUUUGAAGUUCCUGUGCACCUUUAACAUAAGUUUCACUUUCUGA